CGCAGGGGCCAUGGCGAAGAAAAGCGCCGAAAACGGCAUCUACAGCGUGUCGGGAGAUGAGAAGAAGGGCCCCCUGAUCGCCCCCCGGCCCGAUGGGGCUCCGGCCAAGAGCGACGUCCCCGCGGUCCUGGGGGCGCCCGGAACCCACCUGGCCGUGCCGCCGCGCGAGACGUGGACACGCCAGAUGGACUUUAUCAUGUCGUGCGUGGGCUUCGCCGUGGGGCUCGGCAACGUGUGGCGCUUCCCGUACCUGUGCUACAAGAACGGAGGAGGAGUCUUCCUCAUCCCCUACGUCCUGAUCGCCCUCGUGGGAGGCAUCCCCAUCUUCUUCCUGGAGAUCUCUCUGGGUCAAUUCAUGAAGGCCGGCAGCAUCAACGUGUGGAACAUCUGUCCUGUGUUCAAAGGCCUGGGCUAUGCUUCCAUGGUGAUCGUCUUCUACUGUAACACCUACUACAUCAUGGUGCUGGCCUGGGGCUUCUACUACCUGGUGAAGUCCUUCACCACCACGUUGCCCUGGGCCACAUGCGGCCACCCCUGGAACAGCCCCGACUGCGUGGAGAUAUUCCGCCAUGAGGACUGUGCCAAUGCCAGCCUAGCCAACCUCACAUGUGACCAGCUUGCUGACCGUCGCUCCCCAGUCAUCGAGUUCUGGGAGAACAAAGUCCUGCGGCUCUCGGAAGGGCUGGAGGUGCCAGGGGCCCUCAACUGGGAGGUGACCCUGUGCCUGCUGGCCUGCUGGGUGCUGGUCUACUUCUGUGUCUGGAAGGGGGUCAAGUCCACGGGAAAGAUCGUGUACUUCACCGCUACAUUCCCCUACGUGGUCCUCGUCGUGCUGCUGGUGCGAGGAGUGCUCCUGCCCGGCGCCCUGGACGGCAUCUUGUACUAUCUCAAACCCGACUGGUCCAAGCUGGGGUCCCCGCAGGUGUGGAUUGAUGCAGGGACCCAGAUCUUCUUCUCUUAUGCCAUCGGCCUGGGAGCCCUCACGGCCCUGGGCAGUUACAAUCGCUUCAACAACAACUGCUACAAGGACGCCAUCAUCCUGGCACUCAUCAACAGCGGGACCAGCUUCUUCGCCGGCUUCGUGGUCUUCUCCAUCCUGGGCUUCAUGGCCACGGAACAGGGCGUGCAUAUCUCCAAGGUGGCAGAGUCAGGGCCUGGCUUGGCGUUCAUCGCCUACCCCCGGGCUGUCACGCUGAUGCCUGUGGCCCCGCUGUGGGCUGCACUCUUCUUCUUCAUGCUGCUGCUGCUCGGCCUGGACAGCCAGUUUGUAGGCGUGGAGGGCUUCAUCACAGGCCUGCUGGACCUCCUGCCGGCCUCCUACUACUUCCGCUUCCAAAGGGAGAUCUCGGUGGCACUGUGCUGCGCCCUAUGCUUUGUCAUCGACCUCUCCAUGGUGACCGAUGGCGGCAUGUAUGUCUUCCAGCUCUUCGACCACUACUCAGCCAGCGGCACCACCCUGCUUUGGCAGGCCUUCUGGGAGUGCGUGGUGGUCGCCUGGGUGUACGGAGCCGACCGCUUCAUGGACGACGUGGCCUGCAUGAUUGGGUACCGCCCGUGCCCCUGGAUGAAAUGGUGCUGGUCCCUGUUCACCCCGCUGGUCUGCAUGGGUAUCUUCAUCUUCAACCUGGUAUACUACAAGCCGCUGGUGUACAACAACACCUAUGUGUACCCAUGGUGGGGCGAGGCCAUGGGCUGGGGCUUCGCACUCUCCUCCAUGCUCUGCGUGCCCCUCUACCUCCUGGGCUCCCUCCUCAGGGCCAAAGGGAGCCUGGCAGAGCGCUGGCAGCACCUGACCCAGCCCGUGUGGGGUCUCCACCACCUGGAAUACAGAGCUCAGGACUCGGACGUCAGGGGCCUGACCACCCUGACCCCAGUGUCCGAGAGCAGCAAGGUGGUGGUGGUGGAGAGCGUCAUGUGACGGGCCGCACCAGCAAGUCCUCCUGUAGCCAUAGCAGCCCCCGCUUCGGCCACCCCCACCCCUCCCGCAGGGGCCUGCCUUUCCCUGACACUGCUGGGGUCUGCCGGGGGAGGGCAGGGACCAGCACGAGUGCGCACUAGAACUUUUUUCCAUUUUUAAUAAAACGCCAAAAAUAUCACACAACCCACCAAAAAUAGAUUCCUCCCUGCCCCCCCCCAACUUCAGCAAGCUGGUGUGCACGCUGCUUCCCAGGCCCCCCCCCACCCCGCUCCGCCUCCCUGGCCUCCGCCAGCGUGCCCAGGGUUCUUGCCCCAGAGGCAGUGGCGGGGGCCAGGGGGGCAGCAGCGGCGCCAGGCGAAUGUCGCUGGGCUAAACCCUUCUCCCCAUCCCCACUCUAGACGCUUAGAGAGCCAGCAAAGGGACCCGCGGUUCCCGCGCCCAUUGCCACCGACACCCAUUGUGUGAGCCUGUGUAUGAGUGAGUGCCUGUGGACUGGGCGCCGCCCUCCAGCCCAGCCGCGGGGAACAUCAGUGUGAACGAGCCUGCGGGCAACGAGGCUUGUAUUUUGCACAUUUUAUAAAAACUGGGAGAGAGA